AGCGUGGUGGUCAGGACGACGGGUGAGUGGGGGUCCGGCGCGGUGACGAGCUACAGAGGAAUGGGGGACGCUGAAGCGGAUCGGAAGCUGCUGGUCGUCACGGCCACAGUAGGGACGGCGAACGGCGGUGCGAGCACGUGGGUGGUACUCGCACAGGGGAUGGCCGGCAGAGUGGCGGUGACUGGUGGUGCAGCUGGGCGGAGUUUUGCUGCUGAGGUCGAACGGCGUAGGAGCAGAAACCGUGGAAAUCUAGGAGCGAAGAACUCUUGGAGAAGAUCAACAGAAGAGCACGGCGAGCUGCUGUGGCACCGGUGCUCGGGCGGAGGGUUGCAGACGGCGGCUCGUGGAGGAAGCGUGGUGACGAGCUGCUGGUCGCUCAGGUGAAGGGGAAGCUCGGACGGUUGCAGGGUUCCACGAAGCUACUGCGCGAGGAAGAAGAAGACUUUGUGUGUCUUUUCCUUUUUCU